AUGAGGCAUCUGGCUGUGUAUGUUGAGGCUUCUGAUGCAUUUAGUCCUUCUCCUUUGUCUAUAGAGGGUGGUUGGUUUAGGCUGCAAUCUGAUUCUGAUAGUGAGGAUGAGAGUUUUGAGGUUGAGUCUGAAAAUGAGAUUGAGAAUGCAAAUGUAGGUGUCCAAGAAAAAGAGAGUCAACAUGAGAGUGAGAUUGAAGAAGAUAAUCAGCCUGAUAAUGAGUGUCAAGAAGAUGACACUGUUGAUCAGUCUGAUUUCUUAGAUAGUGAUUAUGACAUGAGGGAGACUAGCAGUGAUGGUGAUGAUGCAUUGUGGUUUGAGAAUGUAGAUAUAGGGGCAAAUGGUGAAGAUGAGACAGAUUCUAUGAGUAAGAGUGAUGAAGAUGCACAAAUGGGCCCUUGCUAUGGAGACAGACCCUUUUUAUCCCCCCCAUUACCACCCAACUUUGGGAGGGGGGCUGGCAGACCUUCAACCAGAAGAAGAAAAGAUGUUAGAGACACUGAGGAGAAAAAGAAACAAAGAAAAGGGAAACAACCCAUGAAGAUGAAGAGACAAAAACCAACUGUCACAUGCAAGAAAUGUGAUGUACCUGGGCAUAAUUCAAGAUCCUGUGACAAGAGAAAGGUGCAAGAGUUGGAAGCCCAAAGUCAACUAACACAAGAUCAAAACAAAAGCCCAUUGCAAAGAGCUUUUGAAACAAUUCUUGAAACAAAGAGGAAGAAUGCUGAAAAUUAUGAAAAGGCUAAAAAGAGAUCUGCUUAUGGUCUUAAACCUAAUACUAAUCCCACACUUCUACCACCAGUGAUAGCUAAUGAAGAUGAAGGUGAAGCUGUUGAUUUGGAGUCUCUAAGACCAGAAUGUGAAGAGUAUCAGAUUCCAAAGAGUGCAAACAUAGCUGGGCCUACACCUCACCAGCAAUUACAAAUGUCUCAGGGAAAAAGUCAAGGAUUUUUUGUAUCUAUGUAA